UGUGUCGCAGCCAGGAUAAUAUACAUUUGUGGUUAAUUAUUUAGUUCAUCUUACGUAUGUUACGUGUUGUGUUACAAAAUGAUGAAUUACAUUGAAAAAAUAGUUUUGGCGUCCAGUUCAUAUGAAAGCAGCUAUAGCAAAACAUCCAGAAUUUCCUCAGAGUGGACACCUUUAAUAAGAAAACCUGAUGGAGGCUCCUCGUUUUUCGUGAUACCACAACGAUGGGUGAUGGCAAUCAUGGGUUUCCUGGCUGUGGCCAACGCGUACACGAUGAGAGUCUGCCUCAACAUUGCGAUCACCCAAAUGGUGCGGCGACAUGCCUCCACACCAGCGUACGAGGAUGGUUCUUGUCCUGCUGAAGUUGACGAUAUUACGACUGAUCCUAUGGAAGUCAGCGGAUACAAUUGGGAUGAAGAGACACAAGGCAUAAUUCUUAGUUCCUUCUAUUAUGGUUACAUUGUGACGCAUUUACCUGGCGGUAUGUUAGCGGAACGAUUUGGAGGGAAAUACUCUUUAGGAUUCGGAGUCCUCAGCACUGCAGUGUUCACCUUACUCACACCCUGGACCGUUAAUAUGGGUGGCGCAACAGGGCUCAUUAUAUUGCGAGUUCUUGAAGGACUCGGCGAGGGUACCACUUUCCCGGCUUUAAAUGCGAUGCUAGCGCGAUGGGCACCCGUCUCAGAGAGAGGUCGAAUGGGCUCUCUUGUGUUUGGAGGAGCGCAAAUUGGAAACAUCGCGGGAACGUACCUCUCAGGCCUAGUUAUUAAGGAAACAGGAGAUUGGCAAUCCGUGUUCUAUUUGUUUGGCAGUAUUGGGAUCUUAUGGUUCAUUUUAUGGGCACUACUAUGCUACAACGAUCCGGAAUCCCAUCCAUAUAUUUCGGACAAAGAAAAGAAAUAUUUAGAAGAAGCUCUGGGAAGACACCACAACACUCAACCCUCUGCGAUUCCUUGGAAAGCUAUUUUUACGUCCGUUCCUCUUUGGGCGCUCGUCUGUGCACAGAUUGGGCACGAUUACGGCUACUUCACAAUGGUAACAGACCUUCCGAAAUACAUGACUGGAGUAUUGAAGUUCGAUAUUCACAGGACUGGUACAUUGGCUGCUUUACCGUACUUGGUCAUGUGGAUAAGUUCCAUCAUCUUUGGGUGGAUGUGUGACAAGAUGGUCAAGAAGCAAUGGCUCACUGUUACGAACGCUAGGAAGACUUUUACCACUAUCGCAUCCGUCGGUCCUGGAAUUUGUAUGAUCCUAGCUUCGUACUCCGGUUGCGAUACCGAAACAGUGGUCAUUCUUUUCACGGCAUCCAUGGGGUUGAUGGGAGCCUUCUAUCCAGGGAUGAAAGUUAAUGCGUUGGACCUUAGCAGCAAUUACGCGGGUACAAUCAUGGCGAUUGUGAAUGGCAUAGGAGCGAUAACUGGCAUCAUAGCACCGUUCCUGGUUGGCUUGCUAACACCUGAUAGCACCCUAAUCCAAUGGCGUUUAGUGUUCUGGAUAACUUUAGCGGUAUUUAUCGUCACCAACUUAGUGUUUGUUGCGUGGGCGUCUGGUGAUGAGCAAUGGUGGAAUAGUUCGUCGCAAGACACGAAGAAACAACAGGUCAACAAGGUCGAAGCGGGUACAGCAUCCACGAAUGAGAUUAAGUUAUAAUAAACUAUAAGUUUAUGUGGUUGAGACUCAAAUAAGUGUCAAGUACAAAACAAGUAUUGAAAUUGGCGAUUCUCUGAAUCCACAGCCAGUGCUAUGUGAUAAUAUUAGUGUAAUAUUUAUGAUAGGAAUUGGAUUGUAUUGUAAGAUUUGGAUGUCCCAUUUAGUGAUUUUGUCAUUUUAUAAUUGUCUUUAUUGAAUUAUGGGCAUUGAAGGCAGAUUUAAAAAAAAAACUAUAGAUUUUUGAUGAGGCUAUAAACAUGGUUGCGUCAUAAAUAAUUCUCGACACCUAGUUAAUAGAUUAGUGAAAUAAUUUAUUUUUUCUAUAACUUUUUACAAUUUGUUACAAUUGCAAUUCAUAUUUAAGGCUGUAAAUAGUAUUACAUAAGGCUUUGAAUGUUGUUUGUGUAUAGUUAUAUGUUAAAAGUCAGUGUAACUUGGCUUUGCUAAUAUUAUUUUAAGGUUGAACAAAUUAAUGUUCAAUAUGAAAAAGUUGACUAUAUACCUAUGUAUAUAUUUGUAAUUUAUCUAUAACGUUGAUGUAUUAUAGUCUUUUUGAUAAGUUUAAUUCGUGUUUUUACGAUGAUGUUAAAUUAUGAUAAAUGCUUCGCCUAGAACUCCUGUUAAAUAUGCUAAUACAAACAUUAUUGUCAGCACAAUAAAUUUACAACUAUUCAAUAAUUAAUCUAUACUGGUUUGCGAAGCUAGAAUAAUUGAAUUUAUUUAGAUCAUAAUUAUUAAGACUACUUCCUGUAAAUGCAACUUUUCCUAUAAUAUGUUGCUAAAAUAUUCAUUAAUUUUGUUCACGUUUAUCAGAAAUAAAACAAGGAAAGGCUGUGAACAAAUUUUAUUUAGAUAUGUACACAAACUAUACUUAAUCUGAGUGCAUUUGUGCCAUUGAAGAUCUGUAUUUUGUGAAUAAUAUUAUUUUUACUAUUUAUGUAAACACUGACAAAUACUAUAGCUAAAUAUUUAAAGAACAUAAAUAUACAGAGACAUUUCUGAAUACAUUAUAAUUUAUGAACAUUAAAAAUGUUUUAAUAAAUCUUA